AUGACUAGUGUGCACAGGGAGGCGCCUAUAGGUAUACAGUGUUUAGAAAAACUUAAUUCGUUGUGGUGCCCGCGAUGGAGAAUAAACAGACUUCGGUGGUUCCAGGCCAGCGUCCUGAUCCUGACUUACUUCACGUACAUGACAUACCACCUCACACGCAAGCCCAUAUCGGUGGUGAAGAGUAUCCUACAUCAGAACUGCAGUGCGCUACCUCCCCCACCUGAUCUGAAACCAGGGGACGACCAGUGGUGCAACUGGCCGCCUUUUAAUACAAAUGACGCCAACACUCUGCUGGGUGCUUUGGAUUCGGCCUUUUUGUUCAGCUACGCGGGAGCCAUGUUUGUUUCGGGUAUGAUCGCUGAAAGGGUAGAUCUCCGCUACUUCCUGUCCCUGGGAAUGCUCAGCUCAGCCAUUUUCUGUUACCUCUUCGGACUUGCGAAGACUUUUAAUAUACAUGACAUAUCCUAUUAUUUAGUUGUGCAGGCAGGGGCGGGUAUAGCUCAGACAACUGGUUGGCCUGGAACCGUGGCCAUAAUGGGCCAGUGGUUCGGUAAUACCAAACGUGGACUUAUUUUUGGUAUUUGGAAUUCCCAUACGUCGUUGGGUAAUAUCUUAGGCACAGUAAUGGCCGCGGAAUACGUGGAAAACGAUUGGGCGCUAUCGUUCGUAUACCCAGCGCUGGUGAUGGGUGUUAUUGGUUUCAUCGUCUUCCUGUUUCUCGCGCCGGAGCCAAGAUGUGUUGGUCUUAGUGUUGAUAGGCCUUCACCGAGCAGACAAUCAAGGCGGUCUGUGGAUGAAGAUGAACCCUCCCAGGUCAUUGUUGGAGAUCAGACUGCCAGCUUAAGGCCAAAUAGACAUUCUGCCAAUUCACCUCCGUCUCAAGACGACGAGGAACCGUCAGAGUCCAGCGCGCUCCUCGGACGGUCUCGCUCGCGCGGUAGUGCCGUCUCCCUCUCGCGGGCACUCGCGAUACCGGGAGUUAUAGAGUUCUCUCUAUCUCUCUUCUUCGCGAAGCUAGUCAGCUAUACCUUUCUCUAUUGGCUUCCAUUGUAUAUUAAGUCUUCCACUUCCCUAACACCGCGCCAGAGUGGUGAAAUUAGCACCGCUUUUGACGUGGGGGGUGUCGCUGGUGCUAUUGUGGCCGGCCUGUUGGCAGACGUGGUCGGGUGUCCGGGCAUAGUCUGCACUGUGUUCUACGCGCUGUGUGCUCCUACGCUCCUAUUUUAUCAAUGGUGGGGAGCGUCCUCCUACUUCCUAAACAUACUUUUGUUGGUGCUAGCUGGUAUUUUGGUGAACGGCCCAUACGCGCUUAUCACAACAGCUGUUAGCGCUGAAUUAGGAACACAUAGCAGCUUGUCCGGUGAUUCGCAAGCUCUGGCAACAGUCACUGCUAUUAUUGACGGCACUGGAAGUAUAGGUGCAGCGGUUGGCCCAAUGUUGGCGGGUGUCGUCUCCAGCGCUGGUUCUUGGUCUCACGUGUUUUACAUGUUAAUAAUCUGUGAUUUCAUGGCUCUUCUUUUACUACUACGAAUAGUGAAAUCGGAAGUGUUGAAAAUACGCCAAGAACGGAGGUUAGCGUCGCCGCGACUCGUGCGCAUCGAGUAG